AUAUAUAUAUAAAAGCGUUUCUGUCAUUUGCUACUUCCUCGGCAAUCCCUUUCGCCUGGAAGGAAAUAGGUAGGAAGGAAGAGAAGGAUGCAGAUAUUCGUGAAAACCCUAACGGGGAAGACCAUAACUCUCGAGGUCGAGAGCAGCGACACGAUCGAUAAUGUCAAGGCUAAGAUCCAAGACAAGGAAGGAAUUCCACCGGAUCAGCAGCGCUUGAUAUUCGCGGGAAAGCAGCUCGAAGAUGGCCGAACCCUAGCCGACUAUAACAUUCAGAAAGAAUCGACACUGCAUCUUGUACUGAGGCUUCGUGGUGGUAUCAUAGAGCCUUCUUUGAUGGCAUUGGCCCGUAAAUACAAUCAAGAGAAAAUGAUUUGCCGCAAAUGUUAUGCUCGUCUUCACCCAAGGGCUGUAAACUGCCGGAAGAAGAAGUGUGGUCAUAGCAAUCAGUUGAGGCCGAAGAAGAAGAUUAAGUAAACUCUGGACCACUGUUGUGUUUUGCAUCUCUGCGUAAUUGAAAUUCAAUAUUAGAACCAAGAUAACCAGUAUAUUGUUUACAUCGUUAUUAAUUUUUCUCUUAAU